GAGCAUCGCACGCGUGGCUCGUGCUGACACUCAGUGAAGGAAUCACAUUCAGUAUUUAAACACUCUGGAAAGAUUAGGUCAUGACUUGGUCAGUGGGCAGUGCCCAUGUAUUGCUACUUUUUCUGUAUAGCUCAGUUUCUAUAGCUGAAGACCACAGAGGACCAUUAUUUGAUGUGGAGCCUCCAUCUAGGGUCGUAUUUUACAACAACACUGAAGCUGCUAUUCCGUGUUCCGCCACUGGAAAUCCGAAUCCCCUUAUUAGCUGGAGGGAUGAGCGCGGAGAUGAAGUUAAAGAUAUUCCCAAUUUACGUUACAUUAACCAAGACGGCUCUUUAAUAUUUCCGCCAUUUUCAGCUACUGAAUACCGUCAAGACAUUCAUUCAGUUGUUUACACAUGUGUGGUAUCGAACACUGUUGGGACUGUAAGAAGUCGAGACGUACACGUGAGAGCAGUUAUCUACCAGAAGCAUGAAGUAAAAGUCUAUGAUGAAAACGUUGUUCGGGGAAACACUGCACUUCUGCGAUGCGUUAUACCGAGCAACGUUACUGACUACGUCACUGUGACGUCAUGGACCCUAUCUGACGGUCUCAUCAUAUUCCCUUCACAAUCAUACGAUUCGAUCGCCAAGCAUGUGGCAUUUCCCACGGGAGAGUUACAUGUCCGCCACGCGGAUCAUAGUGAUGGUGACGUAAGCUACAGGUGUCACGUGACAGACCGUCUCGCCCGACAGAGCUUCCAAAGCGCGACUUUGGGUCGAUUGAUUGUCAUAGAGCCGCACAGUCAUUUUCAACCCAGGUUUGUUCACUUCAACAAGGUUAUUUCGGUUAUCAGAGGUAGCACUGCUUACCUCCCAUGCUUAGCCAAGGGCUAUCCAAUUCCACGCUAUUCCUGGUAUCGAAUGAACAAUGGCAGAAUGACGACAAUAGUGCGUGAACCUAUUGACCAGGUAGACGGUACUCUAGUGUUUUAUCAUGCCAACGUUAAAGACUCUGGAACGUAUGUCUGCAUUGCUAGUAAUGGAGUUGGAGAACAACGACAGAUAACGAAUUUGACGGUAACAGAGCCUUUGAAGGUCACCGUGAUGCCGAAAGUUCAAAAAAUUAAUGUUGGUGGUUCAUUCACUGUGAACUGCACUAUCAGUGGUUUUCCCAUAGAACGUGUAACGUGGCUGAAGAACCAGCGUCCUCUGUCAACCAAUAUGAGAAUUACUCUACCAAGUCAAGAUGUUGUUCAUAUUAGUCCAACUCGUCAAGAAGAUCAAGGAAUGUACCAAUGUUUUGUUACAAAUAACCAAGAAACAGUUCAAGACACAGCUGAGUUAAAAGUGUUGUCAAAACCUCCUAUUUUAAUCACCACAUUUGAAGAAAUGACGGUAAAACCUGGCUCGAGAGUAUCUCUCAAGUGUGCUGCAGUAGGAAACCCACUACCCCAAAUUACGUGGACCUCAUAUGGCGAACCUGUGCCUGAUAAUAACAGAAUCAGGACAGGAGAUUACGUUAGUAAAGAAGGUGCUGUAAUCAGUUUCGUUAAUAUCACUCGAAUCGAGAUUGAGGAUGGUGGAAUCUAUCGGUGUUCAGCAGCCAAUAGUAAUGGAAUAAGAAGUCACGUGACCCCACUAAAUGUGUUUGGCCAUCCUUUUGUUCGCCCAAUGAGAAACAGGACAGUUAUAGGAGGACGAGUUGUAAUUAUGCAUUGUCCGGUUGCUGGAUAUCCAAUUCAACAAAUAUACUGGGAAAAAGGUAGCAAACAGCUCCCUCUAGGACGUCGUCACUUUGUUUUUCCAAACGGUACUCUCAUCAUACGUAAAGUAGGACGGUUUGAAGAUGAAGGAACAUACCGCUGUGUUGCCAAAGAUAUGAAGAAUCACUUUGCCCAACGGGAAGUCAGUAUCAAAGUCUUAGUACCACCGGUGAUCUCGCCUUUCUCCUUCCCACCUGAGCCACGAGAGGGAAUUCGAGCCAGCGUUAUGUGCAGCGUACAGGAAGGUGAUCCGCCCAUCCAAAUCACCUGGUGGAAAGACGGAGAACUACUUCGAGACGAUGACGAUAGUGUCACCUUGGGUCCAAACGACAAAUUCAUUUCAACGCUGACGAUCAAAAGUCUCCGAUCUGAACACAGUGGGCUGUACACUUGCGUAGCUUCUAACUCAGCUGCUUCAGUCAACUUUUCUGUCCCUCUAACAGUCAACUCACCAUCAAGAUGGAAGUUGGAGCCUCUUGACACCUCGGCCCUCACCGGAAGUGUUGUAAGUUUAGACUGCCAAGCUUCCGGAAAACCGGAACCACGUAUUGUGUGGAAAAAGUCGACUGAUGACGCCACCAUAAAGUUCAAUACUGUGAUCAGCGGUGCUCGUGUCCAGGUUUUGGUGAAUGGGACUUUGGUCAUUAGAGACAUACAUGAAGAUGAUAGAGGAAGAUACUUGUGCGAGGCCAGCAAUGGUGUUGGUUCACCCAUCAGUACAGUAGUCAGGCUAGACGUUCAUGUACCUGCGCACUUUAAAACAAAAUUUUCUUCCGAGACAACAGUGGCAAAAAAACCUACAACCAUUGCGUGUGAAGCUAGAGGGGAUAAUCCACUGACCUUCAGUUGGUCCAAAGAUAACCAAGGAUUUAAUACUGAUGAUAAGAGAAGAUAUCGGAUCAAGAACACAAUGCUUAAUGACGUCACCAAGUCUGAACUAACCAUCUUGUCUGCUGAAAGCAGAGAUACAGGGAUGUACACCUGUGAGGUCCAGAACAGCUGGGGUAAAGACGAGACUAACGUCCAGUUACUGGUACUAGAUCAUCCAACUUCCCCAAAACACAUCAGAGUGAGAAAGGUCGACGGGCGAAGUGUGACCCUAGAGUGGGAGGAGCCUGCAUCUGGAAAUAGUCCAAUCAAAAAGUAUAUUAUAAAUUACAAAAAGGAAGGUGGAAACAGACCGUUGGAAGUAGUAGUCCAAGGUGACCAGAGAGACGUCACUAUCAGGGAUCUUGAUCCAAUGACAACGUACCUAUUCACUUUAUUUGCUGAAAAUGCCAUCGGACGAAGUUCGCCAAGUGCUAAUAUGUCAGUUACAACAGAAGAGGAAGUUCCCACCAGUCCUCCUGUCGAAGUAGAGGCUGUACCAGUGAACUCAUGUACAGUCAGAGUAACAUGGAAGAGCCCUCUAUCUACAGAAUACUUCAGCAUUAUCAAAGGAUACUAUAUCGGCUACAAAGUUGAAGUAAGUGAUAAGAACUUCAUCUACAAAUCUGUGGAAGCUCCUGGCCGUAUUAAGCCGAACGAGUACGAACUAAGAAAUCUUCUUCCAGGAACAAGCUACAUUAUAGUGGUCCAGGCUUUUAACGAUAAAGGAGUGGGCCCUGCUUCUAAGGAGACUAAUGUUAAAACCCCACAGUUCGAUGCACCUGAUCCUCCGAGACUGAGUCUAUCAUCCACCUCAUUUUCGUCAAUUGAAGUUUCAUGGAGGACCUCUAAUCGGAAAAAUCAACCAAUAUCAGGUUUCAUUCUACAUUACCGUCAACAGCCACGUGAUUGGGUUCAGAUUCAGAUCCUUGGAGACAAAACCAGUUACUCUCUUCAGGGCUUGAACUGUGGAACCGGCUACCAGAUGUACGUCAUCGCUUUUAAUAGCAUGGGAAGAAGCGAUCCCAGUGAUGUAAUUUCAGGGGUCACCAAUGGUUCUGCCCCCGUGGCGCCUAACCAACACCUUCUAGUAAGUGUCAAUUCCACAAGCAUGGUUUUCCACUUAAAAGCCUGGUCUGACGGCGGCUGUCCGAUACAUCAUUUUAUCCUUCAGUAUAAACCACUGGGUCACACAGAGUGGAUCUUGGUGAGUUCAGAACUGUAUCCUGAACAAGAAACGGUCAUCAUUAGCAUGCUGAUUCCCGGAAGUUGGUAUCUGGUCUUGAUGUCCGCUAUAAAUACUGCAGGUAUCACAGAAGCCGAAUACAGGAUAGCUACGCUCACGGUUUCUGGAGCAACUGUAGUACCAGAGACAACUUCUAAACAGAGUGAAAGAAGUAGAUACCGCAGCUUGUAUGUUAUCAUUCCUGUCUGUUGUGCUGCUGUCGUGUUGACCGCUGUGACACUGUCUGUCUUUCUGGUAGUCUGCCGGCGACGAUCCUCCUCCUCAUCUAACAUAUACGAAGGGGUUCGGCAUAGUGAAGAUCCAAAAAACGAAACUUUAGUAAUGACAGAACUGGAAAAACAAUGUGGAGACAUAGGAGAACCCACCUACUUUCCCUCACCUUAUGCGAUGACGAAAGUUCCCGUUCUACCCAGAGAGGUCGCUAUCAGAGAAGGAGAAGGUUUUCACGGAUCCACCAGAGGGUCGGGAAAUAACUACGAUGUUCCUCAGCCUAGAAGAAGCAGAUUUAAAAUGGCAUCUGAACAUGGACAGGAUGCAAGAAUAGGAAGCGAUGCAAGUUCGGAUUAUGAUGGCACUGCAGAGCACAGCGAAGGGUACGAGCAGCCUCGCAAACAAACGAGAUCAAGAACUAUGGACCCAGCUCUCCAUAGUUCCACCAGGUGGUUCACACCACAGCAAGGCACUCGCAGUGACUGCUGUUCCAGUCAAGACGCCACCUAUAGUCCAAUUCAUCUAGCCUUUUCUUCAGCUGCUACUGACAGCUAUGAACCUUCGGACACAGAAUGUGAUCGGGAUCUUUCAGAAGGAAAAGAAUACUGGAAACCUAAAUUGAUACACUCAUCAGCCAUUUAUGUCCAGACACCCUUUCUCCAAAGAUAAACACGUUCGUCGUGUUGUCAUGGUCUCAAGUCUUUCGUCCGAAGCUGUAAAAAAUAUAAUAUUACUUGUAAUUUAACAAUAUAUAAAAAGUAAGAGUCACGUGAUUUGAAUAUCAACCUGUGUUAGACUUGUUUUGUAAUAUAGAACACCUGGAAAACUUGACUUGUAAUGACAAUAUCUUUUUCUAAAAAGACCUUGAAAUGUAUUUAUGAUAAAUAUCGGCUCUCAGAAAUGUCACUUUAGGUUAUCUUUCGGAAGUUGUAAAAAUAUAUACAUAAACUUCAAGUACAUUCUAAUCUUAGACGUUAUUUUCAGUAAUGAAGUGAUCUUCAGUUAUGAUUUUUGUUCAAAGUAAUAAUAAAUCUGAAAAAAUUAUAUUAUUGUACAACAGAUGGAGAUGGCUUGAAGUAAAUUAUUUAAUAAGUUCUAUACCUUUUAACAGUGUGUUCGAAUAUCAAUAAUAACGUAAUAAUGAUAAUAACUGGAAGUCUUCUAUCAUAAUUAAAAUAGAAAUGAUACGAAAGGCUAUCAAUAUGCCUAUCAUUCGAGAGUUUUUAUAGCCAACUUAAUGUUUAGUACUUCAUCUUAAACAGACUUCAACGCAUUGCAUUUCCUACUGUUUAAAUGUCAUUACUUUAUUAGAAUUGUCGUUGAUUAUCCUUUAAACAGCUGUUACAAAGCCUACUAUUAAUGUAUUAUGACAAAUAUAAUUUCCGUCAUUUUUUCCCAUCCUCAAGAACUCUGGAUUGAUCGAAACGCGUCAUCGGCAAUGGAUAUAACAAAUACAGCCUGGUUGAAAUACUAUUAUUAUACACUCUUCUAAUUCUUGAAAAUCCUUAACGGACUAGAUUAAGAAUGUGGUGUGUGAAAAUGUAAUAGGCCUGAUACUGAUGUCUUAUAACAAGUAUAAUUGUAAUCAUUUUUCGCCGGCUUGUAAACGGCUUACAUACCACAAUUUUCCAUUAAACAUCACUGACCAAUUAAGCACACUAAUACAGUUGAAAAGUGAAACUUUAUAAUAGCUGAAAAAUAAUUUAAUAAACAUACAAAAUACCGAGUAUUCAUUUAUUUUUACUCACGUUAGAACCUCCCCCCCC